AUGAGUGAUGAUACGACCAUUAUACCCCCCUCUUCUUGUUCUGAUUCUUCUCAAGUAUCUCUGCAACGAGUCCCGAUCGAUGAAACCCCGGACAGUCGUUGUUUACCAGGCAGACAUCGCGAAAAUGUUGAAGCUUUUCAGAUUGGGUCAGACAAGAUCCCCCUCAAGGAGAUCGAAGUGGCUCUCCGAGGACUACAAGGUCUGUGGACUGCGUCCAUCAGUUUCCAGCGAUCCCACCUCAUCCGCAGCAUACACAAACCCACUCUCAUUGGGGGUGUGUCAGGCUGGGGUGACCGUCAGAAGCUCAUCGUUUCCAUGGAGCCACACACACUCACAGUUAUCGCCCAUAGCAAUGCAGGAGGUGGGAUCCUCAUUAGCUCCUGCCGAUCAAUGCGAGAUGACUUCGCCUCUGGGCCUGAAUCAGCCAACCAGAAACUACACUCAAGGGUAGCAUUCAUUUCCAGGACGUGCAGAUUCACACUAAGGCGUGAGGAGUCAGCUUUGGGAAAUUACGAGCUGGCAAUUUCCAAUUUUGAUGAUGAUAAGAGCACUGUUGUGACCCUUGAAUGUGAUAAGUCAGGUGCUGUCUCUAUCAGAUCUUGUCAAGUGAGAUCAACCAAUGGAGAGCUCACCUGUGAUCCGGAACUAGGCAAACAGGAACUGAAACUGAAAAGUGAAGUCAAUUCCGGGCAAGACGAAUUCACUCUCAAUCCAGACGGGACAACUUUGAACAAUUGUAAACAACUCUUCAUCUCUGAUGUCAGUGGUAACCCGCGCACUAUUGUGGGUCUGGAACGUAAUACCUCGAAUACGGUCCGUGUCAUCUUUUUUGAAAGGAUACCCGUUGGAGAGGAUUCUAGCAUUGACUCCGAGCUGGGCGUCCAGGAAUUGAAGUGGAGGAGCGUAGCAGUGGGAGUAAGCACCGUCAAUGAUGGAAAUGAAAGAACUUGUGUCCUUGUCGAAAGUCUUCAUGGCUUAGCAUUCCCAGUUGGACCCAAACAACCUAGUCAAUCCCGGAGGAUAGUCGUUCGCACUCAAGAACUCAUCUCCUUUAUCAGGCAGAGCCCUGAAUCAAAGUUUGUACUCGGUAUAGCCCGUCCGUCGUUGAAGAGUGAUUAUGAUUUGAUGGCCGAGUUUCAAGCUGUACAGCAACUUCGGGCUAUAGAAGCAAGUAAGAACGGUGACGGAAUUUGGUAUGGUGGCCCGUCCAACUCAGCAAUAGAAGGGAGACAGGAGACUAGAACUGAGGCUUCCAGUCCGACUUCAAUUGAGGAAACCAGGAGUGUUGGUGACCGCACUCCGUCCACCGAGAUUCCAUCAAAAGGAGGUCCAAGUGUCACAGAUCACAAACUUCGAUCCAAAUUGUGA